ACUGGGUUGUUGGUGCCCUUGGCAGAGGUGCUGGAUGCCUUCUCGUAGACCAGCUGCCGUUCCAAAAGAAGCCUUCACAGUCAAGAUAUCCAAGGCAACUGCUCUGUGAGCUACUCUGUCCUGCUGUCACUGACCAUAUCCAUCAUGCCCAGGGGAAAAAAGAGUAAGGCCCGGGCUCGUGAGAAACGCCGCCAGACCAAAACAGGGUCCAAAGAGCUCCAGGAUACUCAGACCAUGACACCAGAGCAAAGAGAGUCAUCCUCUUCCUCUGCUCAUGCCUCUGGAGGUGCUGCCCCAAGUGCCUCUUCUGAUAUCUUUUCCAAGUUGUUUCAAGAAUUGCCUGAUGCCACCACUUUCAGUAUCUGCCUUGCCAGCAAAAGCUCUGAUAAAAGUGCUGACAGCCGACGGAAGAAAACUGGGAACUCCUCUAGGGCCCAGCACUCCAGGAAGAGCCCACGGAAGGAUCUUCUAACAAGGAAGACAGAGAUGCUGAUGGAGUACAUGCUCACCAAGUACAAACAGAAAGAGCCCCUGUUAAGAGAAGAAAUGCUGAAUGCAGUCAACAAACGUUUCAAGGAGCAGUUUCCUGAGAUCCUCAAGAAAGCUUCCAACCGCUUGGAUCUGGUUUUUGGCCUAGAGUUGAAAGAAGUCCAGCCCAAUGGUCAAUCCUAUGAGCUUGUCAGCAAGCUAGAUUUCCAGGAUGAUGGAAGUAGGAGCAGUGAGCUGGGUCUUCCCAACAGGGGCAUUCUGAUCCCUCUCCUAGGUGUGAUCUACUUAAAUGGCUACUGUGCCCCCGAGGAGGAGGUCUGGCACUUCCUGAAAUCGUUAGGAAUCUAUGAUGGGGUCCCACACCUCAUCUUUGGGGAUAUCAGAAAGCUCAUCACUGAAGAGCUAGUGCAGGAAAAGUACCUGGAAUACCGUCGGGUUCCUGAUGGGGAUCCUCCAUCCUAUCAGUUCCUGUGGGGGCCAAAAGCCUAUGCUGAAACCAGCCAGGCAAAGGUGAUGGAGUUUCUGGGCAAUGUCAGUGAAACUGGCUCCUCUACCUACCCAUCCAAUUAUGAAUCAGCUUUGAUGGAAGAAGAUAGUGCUCAUGCUGAAGGUGCAACCCAGAAAAGCACUAAAUGCAAGACUAAGAGACGUUCUAAAACCAAGUCCAGCCUUCCUACCUGCUAGUGAGAUCUAAGGUAGUCUCCACUACAUGAUUGAAAGAACCUACUAAUCUUUGCUUUUGUGAUGUUCAAAUUAGUUAUUGAUGAAGCUGUUUAGUGUAUUUUAUCAUAACAUUCACUUGAACUCAGAAGUUAAAAAGAACAAUACCAUAGAUCAUGCCUUCAUUGCUGUUUACCAAGGUGAGGGUUGAAAGUUUGAUUUGAUGUGAAAUGUGAUUUGAAAUUUCAUAGUCAACUUUAGUGAUGUACCAUAAGGUAAUGUGGAAUUAGAAUCUAAAUGUGCCUGAGAGUAGGAGAGAAAAGAAGAUAUAGAAAAAGUAAUAGACUUUUAGUUCAUUUUUUGUUUUGCUCCACAUUUCUUUUUUUAAACAUGUAAGAGAUGCAUACCUACUUUGCUUAUGAUAUUAAAGGAUGUGUAAGAAACUAAAUCACAAUAAAUUGGAUUUAUUGCUCAAGGUUUGUAUUUUACCAAAACACUUAAUUAAACAUCUGUUCUUGGAAAGUC